AUGGCGUCUGGGCCACAGCAAAAUACCAAUAAUGAUUUCGUAGGCCAUACGCAGCCAUCACAGGUCCACCAGCAGCAGCAACAGCAGCACAUUGACGGGAGCAAUCCCCAUUUGAGCAGCAACAGUGUCGGUGUCUCGCCAGAUUAUACCUCUGAAAACCAUCUCGCCGGCCUUGUUCAAGCUGCGACUGCUGCUGCCGGGCAGGACGUCGGGUGGGCCCAGAACGAUGAUAGUGACAUGAUGGCUGCUAGUCAUGGCCGGGCGAUUCAAAACCACCUGGAUAGCUAUAGUGUCGGUAUGCAUCUGGACGAAAAUGGGUUUGCAACCACAAGUCAAACGGGCCAUCCGUUCGGUGAUAUUCCCGGAGAGUCAGCAGCUGGUGGAGAUAGACAGAUUGCCGCGUCCAAUGUAGUAAUCGGGACCACUGCACGUAAACGGAAGCGGAAUCAGUCUAACGUUGACCCUGCGAUGACUUCAGCCACGGUUAGGUUUCGAUUUGGCGAUGGAGGUGAAGGUAACACUGCCCAGGAAGCAGUUGCCGGACAAGUACCUGAAAAUGACGGGUCGUCUCUGGAUAUUAGAGAGAUGCCCCCUCAGAGAGUUAUAUCGGAUGCACGAGCGGCCGGUGUCCAUUCUGCUGUCGCUCUUUUCAGGCAGCCCUCUGCAGCGAGCAAGAAGGCUACGCGCCCACCAAUGUCCAAAAUGUUUGCAUCCUUGGGAUUGUCUCCGGAAAGUUUCCUUCACCUCCAGGCUGCUGCGAAACAGUAUAUGCUGGAUGAAAACCACCCUGAACGACGUGACUGCGUUGGCCAGAGAGGACGAGGCGAUACUGAGAUGGUAAAGCUCCGGCUCUGGAACUGUGUACGAGACUUUCUAGACCGGGAAGGGAACGGGUUACGGUUUUUCGGAGAACACGUUGUAGAUGAGGGUGCACAGCCAAAUGAUAUUAUUUGGCCCAGAGAUGACCAUAAGAUCAUCUCGCUCGUUACUCCUCUUCUACGCCGUAUGGUUACCAACGAACGACAGCGCCAGUAUGCUAUUGAGACUCGAAAGGGAGGCAACUCUGAAGACAAAGGGAAGCGAAAUUCAACAUCUGCAUCCAACAAUAUACCUGAGAAUGUGCAACGUUAUCACCAGCCACCACCUAACGAUACCACCGAACUUGGGAUGCUGGAGUUGAUCAGGAAUGAAUACCCCACAUAUCCAACGGACUGGGACUCUGUGGCACGAUCGUAUGAUGCAUACAAUCAGGACUACCGCCUGGACAGCCUCGGGUCGAUCUCUGGCCUGCCCCAGCAAGACUGGUGGGGCCUAGUCGCAGCCAUAGACUGCCACUAUCAAAUUGACCACGGUGGAAAUGCUACACUCUGUACAGAGAGCUGCCAGGAGUGCACUAUCAACCAUAUAAUGUCAUCUGAAUCCAUGGCCGAAGUGAACUUUCGAAUUAGCGGCGAAGACGACAUUGCUGCACGGAAUUACUUUGCAACCGGUAUAACCCGUGAUGUUACCCGCAUAGUGAAAAACUAUCUUCUAGAACAUCCCAAUAUCCAACCAGGUAGCUCUGAAGCCCAGGACCCUCAAUUUCAAACAUCAGAAGCAGUACCGCAGCAUCCCGUACAGAUACAGCCGGGACUAGACCAACAGCCACAGCCUCAAGCUACCGAUACUUUGCCCGUCACUCUAUCAAUAAACAUCAUACAAAACCAAGAACAUAAACGGAUAUAUCCUCGUUUCCAGGUUCCUGCCAGCCAAUGUACUGAUUUCUCUACCUUGCUUGACACUAUCCGUCAGUACUACCUUGGGCAAAAUAACGCCCAGGUUCCGCAAAGUAUGCGAGUCAGAGCGUGGCUUGAUGAUGGUCUUCAACCGAUACACAAUGACUCCCAGUGGCUGGCAGCGUUAGUUACUGCGAGUGAGAUCGAGUGGAUGGAUGACGAGUUGAAAGUUGUGGUUGACAGGAUGGAUAGCGCUGCUUCAUAG